AUGACGCCUACUCUUUCGCGCCAAGUCUGGUACGGCGAUGCGGUCCAUUCCAAAUCCUUGACCGAGAUCGAAUACCUCACUUCGAGCCUGAUUGGCGUGGACGAAACCGGGGCUAUCGCCUUUGUUGAACGUGCUUCUUCGGCGGACGAGAUUGAGCGAGUAUUGCACGUCAAGGGGUGGACAGGCGUUGAGGUGACGAGGAUGGGUAAAGGAGAAUUCUUGUGUCCCGGGUAGGUCAUAUCUGCACCGUAUUGCAUUACUCGUGGGCUGAUCGUAGACGAAUUUUGCCCUCGGAUCUUGCGCUGACCGGACAUGUGUUAUCUGGUUAGAUGUAAGAUCUCUCGUCCCAAUGUAUGCUUCAGCCGCUUAAUUUCCACCUAAUCCUCCCUGAUCUUGCUUCACAGUUAUCGACACGCACACCCACGCCCCCCAAUACGUCAACCUCGCCUUUGGCCAACAAUUCGAGCUACUCGACUGGCUUUCGAACGUCACCUUUCCCGCGGAGGCACAGUUCAAGGACGCGGCCUAUGCUCGAAGAGCGUACGAAGAGGUCGUACAGAGGAACCUCAGCGUCGGGACUACGAGUGCGCGCGCAAAUGUUCUGUCCCGUAUCUGCGAUCUGAGCUCCCUAACCGAAGAUUCUUUCCCCUUCGACACCUACCAGCCGUCUGCUACUACGGCACUCUCCACCUCACAACCCAAAUCCUCGCCGCGAUCUGCCACCGUAAAGGCCAACGAGCCUUUGUUGGCAAAUGUAACAUGGAUCGUAACAGUUCAGACGAAUACGUCGAAGCUUCGCCUUCUCAAUCACUGCUCGAUACGAAGAAAUACGUCGAUUUCGUACGGAGCAAGUGUUGUUCGCCGAUCCGAUCGACUUCAGAGAGUUCGGGAUCGAAUUUGAACAUAAAUGGUUUGAGAUCGGAUCUGGUGCAACCUAUUAUCACGCCUCGAUUCGCCAUCUCGUGUUCGGAUGAGUUGUUGAAAGGGUUGGGGGAUAUGGUCGUUAAAGAUCCGAGUUUGCCGAUUCAAACCCAUCUGUCGGAGAACCCGACGGAGGUUGAAUUUACCAAAUGUAAGUCCCGUCGUCUUCGGCCUUCUACUUCGUCACCUUGAUCUCAUCCGCAAGACUGACUCAUCACCCCGGACUCCGAACAGCUCUCUUCCCUUUCGUCUCGUCCUACACCGAGGUGUACGACCACUUCAAUCUACUUCGAGAGAACACCGUCUUGGCUCAUUGCGUGCACUUGGAAGACUCUGAAAUCAGUCUCAUCAAACAACGUCGUGCGGGAAUCUCGCAUUGCCCAGAGUGAGUCCGGACGAAGCUUCAAUACGGGCUCUUGAAGUCGAGUGCUGCUUCGAGAGUGCUAAUCUCUUUGUACCCUCCGCUUCGUCUUCAUCCCCCUCAGCUCCAACUUCAACCUCCGCUCAGGCAUCACACCCAUUACGACCCUCUUGGACAGAGGAAUCAAAGUAUCCCUCGGCACGGACAUCUCAGGAGGGACCUCCCUCGGUAUCCUAAGCGCGAUUCGUACCGCCUCAUUCGCUUCGAAAACGCUCAUCUUCAAUUCAAGAGAUGCCAAGAUCGACGACCCCAACUUGAACGAAUCGAUCCCCGAACCCAAGCGUCAAAAGACGAACGGUUCGGAGACCUCUUUUGCGAAUCGUCAUUUAAGCAUCGAAACCUUGUUCUACCUCGCAACGAUGGGAGGAGCCCAAGUCUGUUGUCUCGAAGACCGAAUCGGUAACUUCGUCGUCGGGAAAGAAUUCGACGCUUUAUUGAUUCGAACCGGACAAAAGCCUCUUCGCGAGUCAGCACAAUACGUCGAAGGAUCAGAAGAUGCUGAUGCUCAAGCGAUGGAAGCUUUGAGCGAAGGGAUCGAGUCCGAUUUCCCUGAUGCGUCGACGUUCGGUCCGCAUUUGUUCGUCGAACCGGAGGAUGGUUUGCAGAAAGUGUUUGAGAAGUUCUUGUUCUCCGGCGAUGAUCGGAAUAUCGCAAAAGUGUUUGUGAGGGGGAGGAAGGUUGGGGGACGGGAUACGCUUUAUAGACUUUCAAGGGAGGGGUAG